AUGGAGAAGGUCGAUCCAGUAGCUGCGGUCAUCGCAUAUUCUUCUAAUUUGCAGCGUAUUCCUUUCCGAGACAUUCUGUCGUGGAAUCUUCUUUGGACGGAGUACAAACCUGAUAGAAUUAUGGAAAUCAUCGAGAUGUUGUCUCCGAAGAACAUGUUCUACAUCGUAGUUGCCAAGCAGUACAGUGGUCAGGAAGGGCAAUAUUCACGAGCCGGUUUUUGGGACAGAGAUGCGAAUCCUAGAUAUAAACGAGUUAAGAAACAAUGGAGCAGUUUGAAACCGCUCUGGAAACGGAUGAAUCCUUCUCUGCAUCUACCGCUGAAGAACGACUACAUUGCUACAAAAUUCGAUCUCAAACCACGAGAAACAACUAAACGGUGA